AUGAAACUUUUAGGAAGCGUUUCUAGUUUAUUUUUGUUUGCCUGUGUGGCAAUUGCAUCCAAUGUGAUUGAGCUUACUGACAAGAACUUUAACUCGGUUGUUAUUGAUUCCAAGAUCCCCACCAUUGUGGACAUUUAUGCCAGUUGGUGUGGCCACUGCAAACGCUUGAAUCCAAUUUACGAGGAGCUUGCUGAUGCGUUUUCGCAUGCUAAAGAUAAGGUCCAGAUUGUUAAGAUUGAUGGUGAUGUGCACCGCAAGACUGCUAAGAAGUUCAAGGUUGAAGGAUUCCCCACAAUCAAGUUUAUCAAUGCUGACGGAUCUGAGGAGGAUGUGAAUGUCGCUCGUGAUUUGGAUGCAUUGGCUGACUUUAUUACCAAGAAGACUGGCGUUCAGCGCAAGUUUACCAAUGUUUCACCCAAUGCUGUGUUGUCAUUGACAGACGCCAACUUUGAGGAGUUUAUCAGCGAUGAUGGUAAGACUGCCAUUGUUGCCUUUACUGCAUCAUGGUGUGGCCACUGCAAGAGUUUGAAGCCUGUUUACAAGGAGCUUGCUGAGGUUUUUAUCAAUGAUGAUGAGGUUAUUGUUGCUGAAGUUGAUACCACUGGUGGUGAAGCUAGUGAGAUUGCUGCCAAGUUUGGCAUUCGCUCAUACCCCACGAUCCUUAUUUUUAACAAGGACUAUGAGAAGCCUGUUCAAUAUAAGGAGGACCGUUCUAUUGAAGCCAUGACCAAUCGUUUGAACCAGCUUGCUGGUACUGGCCGCAACACUGAUGGCUCGUUGAAUGAGUAUGCUGGUCGGUUCAAGAAGCUUGAUCGUCUUUCACGCCAGUUUUUGGAUGCGGAGAAGGCUUCUCGUGGAUUUAUCAAGGAGAAGAUUGUUCAAUUUAUGGCCAAUGCUCAGCGUGAUGGCCAAAAGGCAGCCUUGAAUGCAUCUAAGCUGUACUUGCGAUUUGCUGAGAAGAUUGAGGAAUCUGAGGCUUACCUUGAGAAGGAAAUCAAGAGAUUAAGCAACAUUAUUUCUCGUGGUGGAUUGAAGAAGAGCAAACUUGAUGAGAUGUCAAAGAAGCUGAAUAUUUUGAAGACUUUUGUUCCUGGCCACGUUGCUGAGGCUGAUGUUGAGGAGGCUAAGGAACAGGUUGAAGAGGAAGUCCAGGAAGUUCCCAAGGAAGAAGUUAAGGAAGAAGUUAAGGAAGAAGUUAAGGAAGAAGCUAAGGAAGAAGCUAAGGAAGAAGCUAAGGAAGAAGCUAAGGAAGAAGUUAAGGAAGAGAAGGUUGCUUCCAAGGCUGAGAAGAAGGAUGAACUUUAA